GCAGCGGAUGGAGGCGGCCGGAGGCCGGGAGCCGCCGUCGCUGUAGCCGGGCCCCGCGCUCCGCCCCGGCCCGGAGCCGGCAGCCCCGCGCCCCAGCCAUGGCCCUGGUCACCCUGCAGCGCUCGCCGACCCCCAGCGCCGCCUCCUCGGCCAGCGCCAGCGAGCUGGAGGUUGGCAGUGAUGAAGAUCGCAAAUUAAACCUGAGCUUAAGUGAGAGCUUUUUCAUGGUGAAAGGAGCAGCGCUUUUCUUACAACAGGGAAACAGUCCACAAGGCCAGCGGAGUCUGCAGCAUCCUCACAAGAAUGCAGGUGACUUGCCCCAGCACCUUCAAGUGAUGAUCAACCUUCUGCGCUGUGAGGACAGAAUCAAAUUGGCUGUACGCUUGGAAAGCAUGUGGACAGACCGAGUCAGAUACAUGGUGGUCGUGUAUAGCAGUGGGCGGCAAGACACAGAAGAAAACAUUUUACUGGGAGUGGACUUUUCCAGCAAAGAAAGUAAAAGCUGCACUAUUGGGAUGGUCCUGCGCCUGUGGAGUGAUACCAAGAUACAUCUUGAUGGAGAUGGUGGAUUUAGUGUGAGCACUGCAGGGAAGAUGCAUAUCUUCAAACCAGUUUCUGUACAAGCUAUGUGGUCUGCCCUGCAGAUCCUCCACAAAGCUUGUGAGGUCGCACGGAGGUACAAUUACUUCCCAGGUGGAAUGGCCCUGGUCUGGGCCACAUACUAUGAAAGCUGCAUCAGUUCGGACCAGAGUUGCAUCAAUGAGUGGAACACGAUGCAGGACCUGGAGUCGACACGCCCUGAUUCUCCAGCAUUGUUUGUUGACAAGCCAACUGAGGGGGAAAGAACAGAGCGGUUCAUUAAAGCCAAACUCCGAAGUAUCAUGAUGAGCAAAGACCUGGAAAAUGUGACCUCCAAGGAAAUACGAAAUGAACUGGAGAAGCAGAUGAAUUGCAACUUGAAAGAAUUCAAGGAAUUUAUAGACAAUGAAAUGCUGCUUAUCCUGGGGCAGAUGGACAAACCAUCUCUAAUUUUUGAUCAUCUGUAUCUGGGGUCUGAGUGGAAUGCCUCCAACCUGGAAGAGCUUCAAGGCUCGGGCGUCUACUACAUUUUAAAUGUCACCAGGGAGAUCGAUAAUUUUUUUCCUGGUCUGUUCGCGUAUCAUAAUAUCCGGGUGUAUGACGAGGAGACGACAGACCUCCUGGCUCACUGGAAUGAGGCAUAUCAUUUCAUAAAUAAAGCCAAGAAAAAUCACUCUAAGUGUCUGGUACACUGCAAAAUGGGUGUUAGCCGGUCUGCCUCUACAGUUAUAGCUUAUGCAAUGAAGGAAUUUGGCUGGUCUUUGGAAAAAGCCUAUAAUUACGUGAAGCAAAAACGCAGCAUUGCAAGACCAAAUGCAGGCUUCAUGAAACAGCUGCUGGAAUAUGAAGGGAUUUUAGAUGCAAGCAAACAGCGUCAUAACAAGCUGUGGAAGCAGCAAGCAGAGAGCAAUCUACCCCAGAAUGCAGAUGAUUCUACGGGGCCCAGUGACUUCCUGCUCGAUAGCUUAGACAUCGAUCUAGAAAACCGCCUAUCUGACCUGGACGCACCUUCACAGUCCACGUACUUGGACAACAGAGCCAAUAUGGAGGCCGGGGGGUUUCACUACUGCUUCCGACGCCUGUCUGACUCGUUGCUGGAGAACAAGCUGCCUGGUGACAGGGAAAUAUUUUUCCAGGUGGAGGAUCUGGAGCGAGACGUACUUUCGGAGCAGGCCAAUUUGCUGGUGGAUCAGCCUCCCCCAAUCCCUCCUGAGGCUGUGGCAGAGACAAUGAAGGCUAAGGACAAAGUGGAACCAUUGGCAGAGCUGAGAAGUUUCUGCGAGAAGGAAGUGAAGAAGUUGGAGUCCAGCAUGCCAAAGGGGAGGAGUGUGCCCAGCCAGGCGGAUCUGGGAAAGGAAAGCAUCAGGGAGGAAAAUCCCGUGGAGAGGUGGAAGCGGCGCUUGUCUGUGCACAAGGAGGAGAACUUACUGAACAGAGAGAACUUGAAUAACAACAACAGCAAGAGGAGCUGCCCAGAGGAGUUCGAGCGCGAUGCCAUAUUUGGAAUCCUCAGUAAGGUCAAGCCUUCCUACCAGUCAUGCACUGACUGCAUGUAUUCCUCAGCCAGUGCAUCCGCUGAAGCCUCUGGAGAGCAGUGUGAAACGCUGAAUCCAGCUGCCGCAUGCUGCAGUUCUACAAUCUGCACUCAGCCUUCGCUCCUCUCCCAUGUGACUUCUAACUUGUUGGACCAAAUGCCUAGCAAGUCGCAGGCUGAGGAAGUAAUCAGGGCUAAAAAUGAUGUCUUGCCUCCAUUGCUGCAGGGAACUAGUGUUUUGGAAGGUGGCACCUGCAAAUCCGUGGUGGAUCAGCAUUGCAAUAUUUCUGAAAAGCCAAAAGAUGCACCAAAAACAUCUGUCAAAGCACUGCUUGCCAGGAGAAAUUCCCACUGUGAGAAGAGCCCUCUGAAUACAGAAGUGAUGAAGGAAGAGUCUCCAUCCAGAAAAGAUGUCAAACCAACGAAGGACCUGAAGUACUUGCUGUUUAGUAAAGAUCUGGAAAAGCCAACCACAAACAGUUAUUUGAUGCAGCAUCAAGAAUCUCUUAUUCAGCUUCAAAAAGCUGGUUUAGUUAGGAAGCAUACCAAAGAACUGGAGCGUCUGAAGAGUGUGCCAUCAGAAUCCUCGUCACUGGUAAGAGAGAGCUCCCUGAGCAGAAUUGAUGCUAGUAUACCAGAGGAAAACCAAGAUUUGGCUUUGCACCGAGGCCCAGUAUCUCUUCUGGGUCCAGCACCUUUAAUAUCCAGAGAGAAUGAUGUGGAGAAGUUAGAGGCCAAAAACCCCUUACAGGGACUCUCUCAGAAAACCUCCACACCUGUCCUGUGCAGGCUAGAACACAUGAGCAGUUACACAAAGGACUUUCUGAAGACCAUAUGCUAUACGCCAUCAUCUUCCAGGAGUUCCAACUUGACACGCAGUUCUAGUAGCGACAGCAUACACAGUGUGCAUGGGAAACCCGGCCUGGUAAAACAACGUACUCAGGAAAUCGAAACCAGGCUACGACUUGCUGGUUUGACUGUUUCUUCCCCUCUGAAAAGAUCCAAUUCUCUUGCCAAGCUAGGGUGUCUUAACUUGUCCUCCGAGGACUUAUCGAGUGACAUGGACGUGUCAACAGUAAUGAACUCAAAAGAGGCCAAAUUGAGUGAGUCUUCCAUGCUUUGUGAGUCACAAUCCUCUCUGAGGAGUGUGGACGUAAGCUCCAAACUGCUAGCAAAUUCAGCCACAGGAAACUUGAAGAGCACACUUUGGAAGGGCAAAAGUUGACACGUUCUGGUGUAUGUGUUGUUUUUUUAAAAUCAGCAUUUAUUGCCUGAACCCAAUGCCAUUUUAUCAUCUGAAACAAAAUAGUUCAGCUGAUGCCACGUCUUUACCCCCUUCCUUGUGCAGUAAGUGGGGAGAAAGAGGGACAUAACUGACAUGGGUGAAUAGCACAGUGAAAAAAAACAUUGCAUGGCUUGGAAGAGGACGUGGUGUGUGAACUGCCUACUGUUCCUAUAGGACAAUAUUCCCAGUACUGUUUGCCAAGUAUAGUUGUGUUAACAUAUAUAUAAUGUAAAAAAAUGCUGAAAAUAUUGUUUCAAAGUCUCAACAAAAGUCAUGGCAUUUUAAAUUUUUUUUUAUUUUGCAAAACAAACAUAGCACAAGUCUCUAGUUUAAACAGCCACUUGUGGAAAAACCUGUAGAUGGCAACAUAAACUCUACCUCUGUUCUUGCUGAUUUCUGUGUUGAUUUUUUUAAGGCUUAUUCCAGGAUAUUUAAAGUUUUUUGAAAAGCAUUCCUAUGACAUCAACUGUAAAGAUCCAAAAGAGUGUUGAGGUGUAGGCUUUACUGUACUGAGUAACUCUAACUAUGAAGUCAAGUGAAAAAGUGUAGAGCUGUUGUUUUAUUGACUGCGUGAUCUGCUGACCCGAUAGUUCCUCUUUACUGUAUAAUCAGGGUUAGCUGUCACAGUGUCUUGUGUUAAUAACAGAAUGACAUCUAGGUUGUGUGUUUUCAAGGUUUCUGUUAAAGUGGAGAAAUAUCUUGUUCUUCAGGUAUUGUUGCUCUUGUUGUGGUUUUAUAGUUAUCCCAGUAAUAAUGACAAGCCUGGCCAGUAGGUGACCAUGAACCAUUGUGAAAUGUGUGUGAUGCUGGAGUCAGUGGUGUAGCACUUGUGUUUUGGAAGCCCUGCUUUAUCAGACUGUUGAUGGCAUGCAUUGCAGAUGAAAAGACGACUGACCUGUCUCAUCCUACAGAGGGCAGGCUUUAUUGUCAUUCUGUACGUUUGAAACCUGGGGAGAUAAGUUAGUUUAUUUGGUAGAACAUUUCUUGCAUCCUGGAGUUUGCAGCAGAAAUGCAAAGCAGCAGCAGGUUAUCUCAGGAAGGUGUAUGGUUGUCACUGAGCUCUGAAGCUUUUUAGAAGUUCCCACAUUGAGUAACAUCCAAAGGGUUUAUUUUUUCAUCAUCCGGAAGCAGUGCGGGAGGAUGAGUAUUCCUGCUCUUGUUCGUUUAUAGUACAUAUUGUCUGGGAUGCACAGGUUAAUUUCAGUGAUGGUCUCCUCCUGAUGACAACAGAAGUGCAAAUUCUGCUCUCGGGUGAACGUGUGGUGCUCCCCUGGGCUUCCCUGAUCUUACACACUCAUCCAAGGGCAGAGUUUGGGGCCAGUGCAAGGAGGAGGCAGUAGUUUCACUAGCCUAGCCUAAAUGGAAUAUUGCAAUAUCUCAGAAAGGAAGGAAAAGUGGAGAGCUAGGUUAGUUUCCAUAGUGUUAAACAAUCAUUAAGUCUUCUACAUGGUACUGCUAGCUAGAUUUCUGAUAUGGUAAGGCAUUUAGGGCUCAGUCCUAUACCCUCUGAAGUCAGUGGCUUCAGUUGUGCAGGAUUACCUCUUAGAGCAGCGCCAUUGGCUGUAUAGGCCGUUCUUUUUUCAUCAGCUGCUUGGUACUAGUUUCUGUUGGAGGUUUAUGGCCAACUCAGAAACACUCCAUUUCCACUUAGUUCUCAUUCAGGCAAUGGGGGGGGCUGUAUAAUCUUGGGCACAGACCUCAGGAUUCAGCCCUUGAUGAUGAAACAGAAUUCAAGUAAAAAUGGGGAUGAUCAAAAUGAGUGAGUGAGAUUAUAAGAAAUCUGUUUGAGCCACUUCCAGAGAUAGGCCGGUUGGACACACAGAUAACCCAGGUUAGCCCUAAAAUGCUGUCCCUCAACAAAGGAGCACUCCCAGCAUCAUGGUAACCAGCCCCAUAUUCAUUUGUGGGUCGUUGUCGUCACACCCAGUGACCGUUUAUUACAGAACGAUUUCAGAUAAACACUGUUGUACCAUUGACUUCCCGCCCCUGCCAGGUGCAACGUGCCUCAAAGGAGGCCCUUUGCCUCUAGGGUGUGUAACACAUUGUGGUAGAAUGCAUUUGCCAGCCUGGUAGAAAAAACACAUUUAAAAAAACCUCCAAAACUCUGGGAGAUACAUUUUUGCCAAAUUUAGGAUAUAAUUUUCAAAAGUGCCUCAGUCACUGAGGAGUCUGAGUCCCAUUGCGUAUCAGUUGGAUUUAGAUUUAAGUGACUUAAGCGCUUUUAAAAAUGGGACUUAGGCUCCUAAAUUUUCAAAAAUGCCUGAAUUCCAUGUGUUAGACUAACUUUGGUGUCACAGUGAAAUUUAAAGUGUGGUGACAACAAACUAUGGAUUUGUUGUGGUCCGUGGUUUUAACAACCAGGUCCAUGUGAGUCUGAGCUGUUUUUUUAAAAAUCUGCGUUUGCAGAGCCGUUGCUGGAUAAAGUCUUUCAGAUGGGGAUGGAAAGUGAAGAGUGCAACUUUGAACAGCAGAUCCUACAACCUGCCAUUUAAAAUGUUUGAGUACCCAUUUGGGAAGUGUCCCUUGGUUUCCACUGUUUAGAAUACCAAGGAUUCCUUUUUUUUUUUUUUUUUUUCAGUAACUCCCCCAAUUUUGUACUAAAAACAGGAGAAAUAUGGGCUGGGAAGCAGUAGAUAAAUAUUUAUCUUUUGAUAGAGGGGUCAAAAAUAUAUAUACAUCUUGAGCAUAUGGCAAAUUUGCCAUUUCAUGUGUGAAAGAAGCAAAAGCUUCUUAAGCAAGGCACACAAUGGCAAUAUCUCGGAGGACGUGAAAUAUUUUGUAAUCCACGUUUUCUAGUGUCGGGAAACUGAUGUCAUUGUUAGAGUUGGACCUUCCCUUAGCUGCAAUGUUUGUGUUAUUGUCUGGCUAUAAACCUUCAGAAGUGGAUUUAGCAUGGACACUUCCUUUGAUGCUGUGAUUGUCGUUGGUUCUUGGUGUGGUUCUUUUCACUGAACCCACCCUUUUGUGCAUCUUGGAAAUCAAUACUGACUAGAUCACUUCAAUACACUGUGAAUUCACUGACGCAUGCCCCCCUUCCCUCCCCAGUUGUGACAUUUCAGUUUCGCUGUAUCUGGGGUGUGGUGGUAUAUCUAAAAUAUUAAUGUUGUUAUUAUGUGCCUAAUGUCAAAGCAUCAUGGGUGCGUUUCCAGGUCCAUAUCUACUGUAGUGUAUUCCAUAUAUUUUUAUUACUUGUCUUUUAGUUGUUCUUACUUAGGUUUUAUUUGUAAAAGAUGGAUUGGGAAGGAGGGGUGGUUGUGAGCAUGGCUAAAGCCAUAGCACUGUGCUUGAUUAUUGCAUGGCGGCAAAGGGUUUCUUCAGAGCCUAUUAGCCCAUGCUGAAAUUAUCAGCUAAGGUAUUUUUGAAAGCUGUUAAUCUGUUCACCAACUCCAUCCAAACCACAACAUUGUGCUAAAGCCAGUUGCACAGUUGUUUGGAUUCUUCCUGUCUGCAAAUUUGUGCACCUGUUCACACUGACAGUCUUCUUUCCCGAGGAGAGGCCCUUUCCCAUCUGACACAGUUGGACAAAGACUGCCCUUAUUUACACCCAUGCUGUUCCAUUGAAGCUGGAUCUGCAAGGCAGAAUUUGACCUAGUUAUUUUAUUUAAUUUCUAUUUUCCCGUGGAUUUUUGCUAGCCCUCUUUAUCCAGAUAACCCUAAAGGAUCCCUAAUAGUGUCACUGUAGGAUAAAGCAGAUAGUUAACUCCUCAUGGCUAGGACUCCACAGUGUUAUUAAGCAAGAUCUUGUGCUUCUCUUGUGGAGAGAUGGUCACUUAGGUCCAAAUUUUGCAUGCAAAAAGAAGUGAGUGUGGUGAUAUUUGUAAUUCUCCCAGUUGUGUGUGCAGAUCACACAUGUGUGCAUACAACACAUGGGCUAGGUUAGACGAGGAUUGUUAAAAGUGCUGAUCUCUGGUCUAAUUGCUCCCACUGAAGUCAAUGGGAGUCUUAACUGUUGAUUUCAAUGGGCGUAGAGGCAGGCCAAUGAUGAGUGCUUCUGAAAAUCCCCUGUGUAAUUGCCUGUUUCCAAGAAUGGCAGGAGUGACACACACAGAUGUGGCCAUUUGUUUCUGCAGGUUGUUUUGCACCUGUGAAUUGGCUGCUGCCUUGUGAAGAUGCCUUAACACCUACUGUUCCCAUCCCCACUGCCAGUGAGCUGUAAUUCCAUCUAUUUUCUUGGGGUGGGGACAUGCACUUUUCACAGCACUAACUGCCAGUAGGGAACCAACCCCAGGCAGUAAGACACUGCAGUAUAUUAAUACACAUUGCCUUUGUUCACAAGGUCAUUGCCACGUAUGCCCAAUUUGACAUUUGUUGGCCAACCCAUUGUAGCUUGUACUAAGAGAGAAGCUUAAUAGGUGCUUAGACUUGAAGAACUUCUGAAAAUGUCCAAGUUGUUUUAACAAUACAAGUGAACAAACCUAUUUCCUUCCUGUUUUCUUCUUCUAUGACCUGCCAAACUCUGCUACAUACAAACUACUGCUGUGGUAGUUUAGUUUUCAGUUGACUACAAUGCCCAUAUUGUGAUUGGAAAAAAAAAAUCACACAGACUCCGUUAUUUUGUGGAACAUAACUGUGUCACCACACACAUAAUGUAGCUUAUCAAACUUGAAGAUCCAUUGCUGCUUAGUGCAACACAAUACUGUUGAUACAUGUAGUUUAUUUUUAAUUUUUUUUAAGUCAAUAUAUGCGUAGAGGCUAUAGCAUGCCAAUUCAAAGAUUUUGUAGCCAAAAAAUGCAGUGCUUGCAGGGUUGUUAGUCUCGAUGCAUGAAAAUAUAGUUGUUUUCUUUCUCUCCUAUGUAUUGUAAUUGUUCUUUUACAAUUGAGUGCCUUAAUAAUAGUUUACAAAUACUGUGUAUUUAUGCUGAGCUGGUAAACGCUGCUGUUUUGCUGUUUUGUCUUGGUGCUUUGAUGUUUCAGUGUAAGUAAGACCAUUACUAUUUGCGUGUAUGAUUCCUGUAUAACUCUGAUGGUCCCUGAUCUCAGAACUGCUAAUCAGUUUUCCUUUGUUAUGUGUAUGGGUAAAACGAUGGGCUUUGUAAAUGGAUCCCACAUAAAUUCCAGCUUCCGUUGCCCUGGCCUCAUCGCUUAUGAUUUAUCUCUGCAUUGCUGCAGACAGUGCAGGCAAGGGAGGGCUUGACAAGACAUUCCAAAGAUGGAAGGCCAUCGUUACACUUGGAAGAGUUACAGGCAUGAUCUAAGCCAAGGAACACUCCAACAUCAAAUCUGAAAUGCACAGACUGGCACCUUAUUUCCAGCGUAUGCUUUUUUUGUUCCUUGUUUUAGAAAUAGCACCGUUUUGGUCAUCAUUUCUCAGUGUGUUCUUUAACUAAAUAAUAUGCCCCUUCAUGUCACAGACUUUGGUCUGCUCUCCUUGCCUGAGACUUGACCUAGGGCCCAUGAAUAGUUACCACCCUUGUUAGAUAAGCUGCGGACAUGAAUGAAUGGGUGAAUAACCAGUCGCUGUUUCAGUGCAUUGCUGUACUCUUAUGAUAACAGUGUUCUUUUUAUUUCAUUGUAUUUCUUGAUUCUGGUUUUUAUAUUUAAAUAUGCAGUAUCUUUUGUACUGUACAUUUGCAGUAGGGGAUGCAUAAUGCACUUUUUUUUUUUUUUUUUACUUUUGUUGGUAAAAGUGUACUGUAUGUUACAUGUGCUUCUUGUGAGGAAAAUAAACAUUUUUUUCUUUACAA